UAUCGACACUUUGGGAGGUCUACCUGAGAACGGUUUCGCUGGACUGGGGUGUGCUGGGCGGAGACAGGCUCAUAUCAUUCACCUUUUGCUGCUUUAUGACCCAAACUUAACAACACCUUGCAGAUAAUUUAACUCAGUCAGCAGACAGGCUGGAGCUCUGGAGGUGGAAGAACCAGGAAAAUAAGAAUCAAAUUAAGGAAAAACAUGGAGAAAAUGGAAAUGGAGGACACAGCCGAGUCUGCUCUUAUGAAGAAGGGUAAGAAAGCAUCUGGGACACAAAUGCAGAACAGGUAUGAGAGACUGUUCCAGCCUUGCCUGGCUGAAUUAGUAGGGACCAUGUUCUUUGUUUUCAUCGGCUGUGUGUCUGUCAUCGAGAACGUGCCAGCAGCUGGACGGCUGCAGCCGGCUCUGGUGCAUGGGCUGGCUGUAGCGGUGCUGGUGGCUCUCAUGGACAAAAUCAGUGGCUCUCACUUCAACCCUCCAUUCACUAUUGCUAUCUACCUGUGUGGAGGCAUGGAGCUGAUAAUGGUGGGGCCCUACCUCGUCAGCCAGCUGAUUGGAGGAGUGCUUGGAGCAGGAAUGGCAAAGCUGAUGACCCCUGCACAGCGGUACCAGAACGCCACCGGAGCAGCGUUUGACACCAUCCAGUCACAUGGCCAGCUGUUUGAGGCCAUAUUUGGUGAGGUGGUGAUGACCUGCUUGGUGACCAUGGUGGUGCUGCUAGGGGCCGUCAACAGCAAGACAAAAACACCGCUGGUGCCAUUUCUGGUGGGCGCUACCAUUGUCAUCAACAUCUUGGCAGGAGGUGACAUUUCUGGAACGUGUCUAAAUCCCGCGAGAGCUUUUGGUCCCGCUGUCCUAGUGAACCACUGGACCUACCACUGGGUGUACUGGGUCGGACCCAUCGGAGGAGCUCUGGUGGCGGCUGUUCUGGUCAGGCUCAUUCUGGGAGACAAUAAAUUACGAAUUAUUAUGAAACCAUGAGGAGGGAUGCGAGGUGCAGCAGCUCAAGAUCAAACCGCAUUUUGGUUCAUGUUUAUACUUCAUCAUGAUCAUUUGUUUAAUCCGUUUACAUGCAAAGGAAAUAAAGUUCAUUCGUUUCUUA